AUAUAAUUCAGUUGGAAGAACGCAUGGCUGGCAAAUAAUUGCUGUAAGGCCUGGGAAGUUGACUGGAAACAGCACGAGGGUGAAGGUUACAGCACUGUGGUAAGUGUGCUAUUUUAAAACAUCCAGGAGAAGAGCUGGGAAAGGAGCUGAUAUGGAAUCGUGAGUCCAGGAGUGAAUCACUCGGUGAUGAAUUGUCUGCAGCUGUGUGUGGGAAGAUGAAAGAGCUGAGAAUUUAAAAAGAGGAGGCAGCAGUAGCUGGCAGCAUGUUCUUGCUCAUGUGGCUUUAUAGAAGAUGACCAUAGAGGAUCUCCCAGAACCUUCCUUCGAAGGAGAUUCCCUCAUUGAAAGAGAACUAUUCUUAUUCCCAAACUCUGAAACAUCUGUUACUUUUUCUGUUGCUGCAGCACCAAUGCCUUCAGACUGUGAGUUUUCCUUCUUCGAUCCCAAUGAUGCAGCGUGCCAAGAAAUACUCUUCGACCCCAAAACAUCAGUUUCUGAAUUGUUUGCUAUCUUAAGGCAGUGGGUUCCACAGGUCCAGCAGAAUAUUGAUAUUAUUGGGAAUGAGAUCAUUAAAAGAGGUUGCAAUGUGAAUGACAGAGAUGGACUGACUGAUAUGACUCUCCUGCAUUACACUUGCAAAUCGGGGGCUCAUGGCAUUGGUGAUGUUGAAACUGCUGUAAAAUUUGCAACACAGCUCAUUGAUUUGGGUGCUGACAGCAGCUUACGCAGCCGCUGGACAAAUAUGAAUGCCUUGCAUUAUGCUGCCUACUUUGAUGUUCCAGAACUGAUCAGUCUUAUUUUAAAAAAUGCAAAGCCAAAAGAUGUGGAUGCCACCUGUAGUGAUUUUGAUUUUGGAACAGCUUUGCAUAUUGCUGCAUUUAACCUAUGCACAGGAGCUGUCAAGUGUUUACUGGAACAUGGAGCAAAUCCUGCCUUUAGGAAUGACAAAGGGCAGAUUCCAGCAGAUGUGGUUCCUGAUCCAGUAGAUAUGCCACUGGAAAUGGCAGAUGCAGCAGCCAGUGCAAAGGAAAUCAAGCAGAUCCUGCUGGAUGCAGUUCCUCUCUCAUGUGACAUUUCCAAAGCCAUGAUUCCAACCUAUGACCACGUCACAGGCAGAGCCAUGCUUUUAUCACUUGGCCUGAAACUGGGAGAUCGUGUUGUUAUUGCAGGACAGAAGGUUGGUACCUUAAGAUUUUGUGGCACAACGGAAUUUGCCAGUGGCCAGUGGGCUGGUGUAGAGCUGGAUGAACCAGAAGGAAAGAACAAUGGGAGUGUUGGAAAAGUCCAGUACUUCAAGUGUGCACCAAAACGCGGUAUCUUUGCACCCCUUUCCAAAAUAAGCAAGGCUUCUGACCAAAAAAAAAGGUCUGUACGAAGCUCUUCUGUGCAGUCUUCACCUUUGGUCAAAUCCAAGAAAGUAGAUGUGACACACAUCACUUCCAAAGUGAAUUCUGGCCUAAAUAGAGCAAAAAGAGACAGUGCUUCUGAAAACAACUUUCCGACUGCUAAUAGAGGAAAAACUGUACCUGCAAAAGAUGGUUUUCCUGGGUACAGCAGCUCUUCCUCUUCUACUGCCUCCUUGGAAGGCAAACGGAAUUACUCCAAGAAGAGGAACUCAACGAGCAGCAGUAAAAAGGCCCUGACUAGAGUGUCUUCUGCCUCAUCUAAGAUUAGUGCUGGGCUGUAUAGUUCCCCAACCACGAGGAAAAACGCUCUUGAUGGAGAAAUCCAGGUUGGGGACAGAGUAUUGGUAGUGGGACAGAGAACAGGCACUGUUAGAUUUUAUGGGACGACAAAAUUUGCACCAGGGUUCUGGUGUGGAAUUGAACUGGACAAGCCCCAUGGGAAGAAUGAUGGCUCUGUGGGAGGAGUGCAGUACUUCAGUUGCCUUCCUAGAUAUGGCAUAUUUGCACCCCCAUCUCGUGUACAGAGACUAACAGGUUCUCUGGAUUCUCUCACAGAGACUUCAUGGAGUAAAGUAACUCACACUUUUCCAGGUUUUAGACGCAGUCUAAGCACCACUUCUGCAUCUUCUCAAAAGGAGAUAAACAGAAGAAAUGCUUUUGUUAGAUCCAAGAGCUCCGUGCUGCGGCGCAGCUGGAGCAGCAGCAGCAGCACAGCUCCCUGCGAGGGGCCCGUGAAGCUGCACGAAGGCUCCCAGGUUCUCCUGACCAGCUCCAACGAAAUGGGCACCAUCAGGUACAUCGGCCCCACAGACUUUGCCCCGGGCAUCUGGCUGGGGCUGGAGCUCCGCAGCGCCAAGGGCAAGAACGACGGCUCCGUGGGGGAAAAGCGCUACUUCAGCUGCAAGCUGAACCACGGCGUCCUGGUGCGACCCAGCAGGGUCACCUACCGUGGCAUCAGCGGCACAAAGCUGGUGGAUGACAUCUGCUGAGCCACAGUGUGCUCGCAGAGUACGCUAAAGCACGUAACAGCCCCUCCUAGAAUGCAAACCUCUUUCGGAGUCUUUAAAUCUGCAUUUGCUUUUUACGUAUGUAAGUAUAUAUGUAUGUGUGUGUAUAGAAUAUAUA